GUGACAAACUGAGGGCGAUUGGUGGAUCUGAACCAAAACAUCCGCCUCAGGGGAAAAACCAACCAAUGGCACGAGAGGACGGAGCGAGCACUGUGCAUGGAGCCGACUGUGAAAAUGAUGCACUCUCUCUGAAGACACAGCCCUGUCCUCCCGUCUGCCCAGCGUCCUGUCCCUCUGUCCCUGUGGCCUCUCGUCACUCUGUCCCCCCAGUGUCCUGUCCUCCUGUCCCCAUGCCUCCACCUAUACAGAUGUCCAGUCCAGAUGAGGCGAUGCAGAACAGUCUGGGGCUCAACUAUGAGCCGGUGCCCCUGCGGCUACAGAGCCCUGAAGAGCAGAGGGUCAGGGAGCUGCUCCAGAGACUGGUUCAGUGUGAUGGCUCUCUGGCGCCCCUCAUGGACGUGUGGGGUAAAUCCACUGUUGAUGUCCUGCUGGAUAUUUGUCCAAACAGUCCUCUGUUUGCAGAACUGUCACAGGAGCAGAGAGAGAGCAGCCUGCAGGACCACUGGAGCCAGGGGCCCUCAGGUGUGAACUCAGAGCAUGACCUCAUCUCACAGAAGGUGGAGCUGUGUGAAGCGCUGAGGAGCUGCAUAGAGAGUUUAGAGCAGGAGAAGGAGGAGCUGAGUGAUGCAAUCAGGGCCCACAUGGAGCUGGGGAGGCAAGUAGAGGCCUGGGUACAAGAGCACUGUGAGGCAGCACACAGGACCAAGUACGUCAUGUUCAUAGGUGACCUGGAGCGGGUGGUGAACCUGCUGCUGUCCCUGUGUGGACGCUUGGCCCGAGUGGAGCGCUCUCUAGCCUCACUGCGCAGACAGGAGCCUGCAGAGGACAGCACUGAACUCUGGGACUCUCUUCUUCACAAACAGAGCAUCCUCUUGCGUCAGACCCAAGAUGCCUUGGAGCUAAGGGACCACCUGGAGCGGCGGCAGUGCAUAGUCCAUGAGUUCCUGUGCUACAGUCUGGAGCCCUCCCAGUUGCAGCAGUACCAGCGCCUUGUGAGCUCCACGCCUGCCCUGGUCAUCACCCACCGCCGCCUGGACGAGAUGCUCCAGCAGACUCAGGAGCAGCUCAGCCUACUCCUGGACACACUGCCUUUGGAGGUGACCCAGGCUCGGGGGUGGAGCCGCGUGGGUCUGGCUCUGUCAGCCACACCCCUUCUCAAGAUUUCACAGGUUCCACCCAAAUAGCACCCAAGCCCC